AUGGAGUUUGUUUAUGAGGACGGGCAUGGAAACGCCAUAGACGAGGCAGGUCAUCAUGUUUUAGAGAUGGAAGUUGACGAAAACGAGUAUCCUUUGGACAACAUAACGGAUUUCGACGUGUACAUGACCCAAAAGCCGCCUGAGCGACAGAAAAAAAAGGGGCAGAAUGAGGCAGCACGCAGCGCGACAACGACCAGCAGUUCCAACACAAAUAAGAGGACAUAUAACUCGUACUCAGAUAAGCAGAAGGAGCAGUUCUUUUUUUUUUUUACCAUGAAAAGCAGCUCUCGGCUGGCAAAGCUGGUGCCAAGCUUGGCAUACCGCGCUCAACAGCUUAUAGUUGGCUAA